AUGGCUGCAACACAACUUUCCAUUGCGGCGGGUCCGCCAGUCGAAAGGACGGACAUAUCGCAUUUGCAACUUUGGCAGGAUUCUGUCAACUCACGACCAAACGCUACAGCCUUGAUAUCGCGGCACCAGAAGCCCGCCGACUUGCAUUGGGUCGGCAGCCAGCACAUUGAUGGGGAUUUUUUACAAUGGACUUAUACAGAUCUGGAUCGCGGCGCACGAAGACUUGCCACAGCAUUGAACCGACUGACGCACAUUGAGAGACGACCGAUUGCCACUCUUGUCAACACGCAGGCAGAAUGGGCGUUGUUCUUCUGGGCAGCAGCAUACCUUCAUUCGCCGUUGGUUCCAAUCAACCCCAAGGUCGCGACUCGCAGCAAGGAAAUCUCACACAUGCUUGCCAUGACUCAACCAGCGGUCGUACUCUGUGCAGAUGCGACGAUCGCGAAGCAACUCGAGCAAAGCCUGUCCGCAGAGGCUCAGAAGGCAAUUCCUGUAAAGUUGCUUGCAAAUCGCAAUGACGCCGAGAACCUCGAAUCGUGGACUGGUCUUGUCGAUGUGAUGUCUGGCGACCUAACACCACCAGACACUCCAGAUGUUGUCAGCCCUGAAGAUACAUGCAUGACCAUCUUCACGUCCGGAACGACUUCGCUGCCAAAGCCUUGUAAUAUGUCGAGCUUCAUGUGCGUCAACGCAGGCACUGCUUACAGGGAGGCGAGGCAGAUCACUUCUGGCCAUAAGCUGGUUCAGCAUCUGCCUAACUUCCAUUCUUACGGCAUUGCUUGGUCACUGUGUUUCUGGUAUGCAGGCGCUACUGUCGUUCUGCCAUCAGAAGCAUUCGAAGCCCAGGCGUCGUUGGAGUGCUUCGACCUCUUCAAGACCACACAUAUGAGCUUAGUGCCGACGACAGCACAAGCUGUCUUGGCACAUCCAUACUUUGGUCAAGCGGAUCUCAGCACGCUUGUCAGUGUCGAUGUCAGUGGCGCUGGUGUGCUACCCAGCGUGAUUGAUGCCUGCGUUCAUGGCCUCAAGGUCCCUUCAUACACAAGCUACGGUAUGACCGAGUCCGCUGGAACACUGAUCUGGCCAGAAGAUCAGACGACCGUCGUGAGGGAUGGUGAAGUUCUUUCUGGCAAGUGUGCGAGGGGCACGACCGUCAAGGUCUGCGAGCCUGGAACCAAGAAGCUUGUGCCAAGAGGUCAGGCCGGUGAGCUACACAACGGAGGACAUCAAGUACUACACGGCUAUGCGGACCCGAAUGUCGAUUCUUCUGUUUUCUACGUCGACGAGGACGGCGUCCAAUGGGUCGUUUCCGGUGAUCAGGCUGUGAUGGAGAAUGAUGGCGCCGUGCGAAUUUCUGGUCGGUACAAGGACAUGAUCAUUCGAGGUGGCGAGAACAUCUCUCCUGCUAGUAUCGAAGACUACCUACGUAAGAUGGAAGGUAUUGCAUCUGCCGAAGUGGUGGGUGUGCCAGACGAGAUGGCUGGUGAAGUGCCAAUCGCCAUCAUCACCAACAAGCCUGGGUCUGUGAUCAACGCCAGCGAGAUCAAGAACGCCACAUCUCACGAUCUUGGACCUGCCUUCGCGCCGAAGAUGGUACUUCAGCUCAAGAAGGAUCUCGGUCUGGACGCAUGGCCUACAACCGCCUCUGGAAAGGUCAGAAAAGUUGAGCUGCGAGCCAUGGUCCGCGAGUACCUCAAGAAACAGCAGCACCAAGGCGUAGACAAGUCCGCACCAACCAUCGACUCUCUAAUCAAGAUCUGGCAAGUCAUUAGCGGGACCGACUGUUUGACUCCAGAAGCCGACCUCAACAGCUUCGCGGACUCUCUGAUGAUGAUGCAGCUUUCGGGCAUGGUCAAGAAGCAACUCGGCCGCGAUAUUACCGUUGAAGACUUCAAAAUCUGUGAUACUAUUCAAGAUCAAGCUACCUUGAUAGAUUCCAGACCCGAGCGAGCCUCGAAAUUGGCAGCAAUGAAGCCGACGAGGCAAGGACCGCCAACUCUACAGGAUGUGCCUCAUGUUCAGGGAGAUCAAAGUGCAUUCGAAAGUACAAAAGUAGCUGUCACAGAGACCUUGAACAGCGUUGGUUUGCGAUGGGAAGAUGUCGAGGAUGUCAUGCCCUUGCCAGACUGGGAUGCGAUUUUCUGCCACAACUCGAGACCAACUUCCUGGAAUCUGCGUUUCAGCUUCUACACAAAGUUUAGCAGUCGACAGCUCGAGGCUGCAGUCAUGGAGAGCUUGAAGUAUCAUCCAACUUUGCGAUCUAUGGGUGUGGAGGAUGAUGAGGGUCUGAUGCUCCUUGUGUCGGUACGAAACACGGAAGAAUGGCUGCGGGUGGCAUGCACAACUGGCUGGGAAGUAGAAACGAAGGAGGAUUUGAACACACUCCUCCUUGAUCAUCCCGAGCUAGACUGCGCGACUGUUCCUGGACCACUUGCACGAAUCCACUUCGCCAAGAUUCGCAGUGACGGCAGCUCUGGGCUUAUCUUUGUGGCUUCUCAUGCAACGAACGACAUGAGCAUGACCAAGCUAUGGCUCGAGGAUAUCUCGGCGUUGCUGACUGGUGAGAGCACACCUGUGCCACAUGCGCCAUUCAAGGACUAUGCGAAUGCUUUCUACCAGCAUCGCCAUGGCACAGAGGCUGAGAACGGUAUCACUUACUGGACGAACAAGAUGGCUGGUGUUGCUUCUGUUCCAGAAAGCAGUCUUUGGCCGACACAACGAGCGCCGGAAUUCUUUAAGGGCGUUGAUGCUGGCUGGUCUCGUUGGAACGGCGCCAAGUCUCGGCGAGGAGAACGUCGCGUGACAGCUGCUGAGAAGCGAAGGGCGCAGAAGGGCGUGAGGCGGAUGGUGAAGGUACAGGAUAUGGCGAAGCUGAAGUCUGAGCACAAUGUCCCGGUUUUCAUGCUGGUGAAGGCUGCAAUUGCCGUCCUCAACAUCGCACAAACUGGUGGGAAGGAAGCAGUCUUCGGAACCAUCAAUGCCGCACGAACCUGGCCCUUUAGCUCCGACUACUCGGCACUGGAGCGUGAGAACUACAGCGGCAACCCACUCGAUGUCUCAGGCUGCACGACCGAAUACGUCUUCGAUCGCAUCCCUGUCAGUCAAGCGAAGAGCGUGGUGGCGUUCAUGCAGCAAGUCACCAAAGACGAAGAGCAGAACAGUGCAUACGCGCACACCCCAUUCUUCCGCAUCAUCGACCGCCUGCGAGAUCCACUAUCGGCAGACGACUCGAGGACAUGGGCAGAGCGAGAAAGGGACGCUGAAGCCAUCUUGCCUCUGAUCAGGCGCCAGAGCUUCAACUGGUUGCCUACAGCGCCGAAUACGACGCCUAACCCCAAUGGCAUGACACAACUUGAGAUGUUGACACGUAUGGACAACGGUCUGACCAUCACCGGGUUCUUGGCUGGCGACAAGAAGUCAGUUUGCUUGUCGUUCAGCUGGGAUGCUGAGCAUAUGAGCUAUAAUGAGGCGCAGAAGGCCAUGGAUAGCUUUGCUGGAUUUGUGGAGGUUAUGGGUAAGGCGCAGAAUUGGGAUGCGAGUGUUGGUGAGCUCUUAAGAUUGUAA